AUGUCCGAGUCUCGCCCGUUCAAGCCCUUUGGCUUGACACAGGUCUACGCUCCCCGCAAUGGGACCCCCACCGUCGACAUCGUCCUCGUCCACGGUCUCAAUGGCCACCCCCAUGAUUCCUGGACCAGCAAGUCAACAGGCUGCUUCUGGCCGGCCGAUCUGCUACCGGAUAUCCUGGCGCCUCUCCGUCCUCGCAUCCUAAGCUAUGGAUAUAAUGCGAAUGUCACUGCCUUUACGGACGGCACGUCGCGAGACUCGAUCGUGAGCCACGCAGAAACACUAGCUUCAAACUUGGCUGCCAACCGCAAUCUACGAAGCUGCGCCGACCGCCCGAUCAUUUUCGUCUGUCACUCGCUCGGUGGAUUGGUCGUCAAGCGCGCCCUGAUCUACAGCCGAAGCUUAUUGAACGAGAAAACCGAACACCUCCGCUCCGUAUACGUCUCGACCUUUGGUAUCCUCUUCCUCGGCACCCCGCAUAAUGGCUCCGAUGUCGCGAAAUGGGGCCUACUGUUGCACAACAUCUGCAAUGCCGUUCUACCUAAAAAGUUUAUGGAAGCCUCCCCGCAGCUUGUCAAGGCUUUGCGCACAAACAAUGAGACCUUACAGCAUAUAAACAGCUUGUUCGCCGAUAUUAUGGGACGGUUUCAUAUUUACCUUCUUCACGAAACCCGUUCAACCGAUGUUCGGGGGACGCGUGAGAUCAUUGUCGAUGAACACUCGGCUGCACCUUACCUUGAGGGUGUAGAGCGGAUGGGGAUUGAGGCAGACCACAGUCAUAUGUGCAAGUUUGACGACGAGAAUGCCGCGGGAUAUGAGGUGGUUGCUGAAGCCCUUCUUCGAUAUUCUCGCCAGGCUCCUUCGAUCAUUGCGGAUCGAUGGGUUGAGGAGAGGAAAACCCGUGCUGUCGAGAAGCAAGCCAAAGCUAGGGAAAUAUAUAACGAUAGAGUAGAUGACCCGAUCGGACAAUCUAUGCCGGAUCUGAAUUCUACUGGUCGCUCCAUUCUUGCGCUGCCCCGUGCCCCAGCUACCGAAGGCCGCAGCUCUCCUGUAUCCGACGUAAGCAACAGCGGUACCCUGUCUUUUUCGCAAUGCUCCCAUACCAAGGACCCUCCUCUUUUCGUUGCACCGGCAGGAUUUCAUCCAAAUGCAACCUUUUUCGGAAUGCAAAAAGAGCUAGAAAUUCUCCACAGCCGCUUGUUCAAGGCGAGAUCACGACCAGAUCGCACCAUGGCCGUUCUGAUUUCUGGCGUACCCGGGUCAGGGAAGACACACUUAGCGCGUCAGUAUGUCUUCUCACAGCGCGAGUGUUAUACCGGUGGCAUAUUUUGGAUCGAUGCAAAGUCUCGCGAAAGUGCUGCCAAGUGCUUCUGGGAAAUUGCACAGGCAGCGACAUUGGUUGACAGCAAAGACACCAUUGAGUCGGGAUACCAGGAGUCUCGGGGCUACAUUAACGCAGUGAGAAGCUGGUUACAGACACGACACGAUUGGCUCCUGGUCUUCGACGGUAUCACUUUCGACCAUGACGAGGAUAUCAACGAGUUCAAACCCUUCCUACCCUGGAACCAGAGAUGCAGUAUCAUGUACACCUCUAUUGAUACGACUCUACGGAAAAAGCAGCGCCUCUUCGAGCCAUAUUGUUUAACCAUGCCUCGAAUGCUCGUUGAUGACGCAUGUAAGCUUCUGUUCAAGGACUUAGGCAUUAAAAAGCCUACGAAAGAACAAAAUGCGAAGGCUAUCGAGUUGGUUGAACAUUACGAAUGCUUGCCUCUAGCAAUUCACGCCAUCGGACAUCGUCUCAACGCGACACGCAAGCCAAUCGAAAAAUAUCACGUUAAACAUCAGGUCACAGACAAGAAGCUCGCCGAGCCCUUCCUGGGAAUUAUGAACGACUUGUAUCGUCUGCAACAACACCAAGCUCUAAACCUCAUCAAUCUGCUCUCAUUCCUCGGUCACCAUGUCCCUGUGGGAUUGCUCAAUCUUGGAAAGCAUGAAAUGUCUAUCGAGAAUGCAGAUAUUCUUAGCAGUGCCCAACUCGGCGAGGACCCUGAUCUGGAUACUACACUCGGCACUCUAAUCCACUAUGGCUUAAUUGAGCGAACUUCCGAUUUUGAUUCCAUUAUUCAGCAAAAUGGGUCUGGUCAGCGAUCAACUGAUGAAGUGAGCACAGACUCUAAGCAGACUCCCGAGCUCACUGGCUCCCAGACGGAAAGCAGUCAAGAAGGGUUCUUCUCUAUAUACCGUGGCAAUAGAACUUUGGAUGUAGUCAAAAUUCACAGUGUGGUUCAAGGGUUCUGCCGGGACGAGCUUCGUAUCAAAGAUGACGAGUUCAAGGAUCUGGCGAACAAGCAUGACCCUGGAUUUUAUGACUCAUGGUUGAUCGUUGCCACUCGUUUUCUCUGCAAAUCAUAUGAAACGGCGAAGGAGAGAAUGUCCCACUACCAUGACUGCGGGCUCGUUCGCGACUAUCGCGAAUACGAAACUCAUGCCUCUCGACUGGCUGAACUCUUCCCCAAAAAGACACUUAUGGGCGUUCAUCCUCCAGUCCUUCGAGAAGCGCGAGAAAAUCUACGACAGCUCAUGAGGAGCAUCAGCAAUCAGAUUGACCAGAUGUCUCCGAGCUCCUCGCAGGAAUAUGCUCGGAAUCAAAAGUCGGUAUUUGACCGGUCAAGCAGCUCAUCCUCAUCGUUCCCGGAGUCAUCGGCAGAAGAGGGCAUCUCACGACAGUCAACAUGGAAUUGGACAGAAUCAGGGUCUCCUCGAGCAGAGUCCCCAGAAGAAAUUGGUCCUCCUCUUCGGUUCCGAUUGGAGACCUUCCCUCCUCAUAUCUACCGACAAGCCGGAUAUGAGUCAGAAGAAGGCUAUGAAACGGAUAAAGAGACACAAGGAGCUGUUCACAUCUCCCCGGCCCUAUCGCAGAUGAGUCAAGUUACCGAGAAACCAAAGCCGUCUCCUGCAUCAUCGAGCCCACCAGUUCCAUACGACGACCAAGGUUGGGAAGUGGUUGAUCGGCACACGAAAACACGGCAGUCGAGGGAAAGGCAACCAAGGAAACGAAAUAGAGGCCUUCGUCGGCUACGAGGUGCUAGGCCGGCCGUACCACUGGUGAAACUCUCUCAAGUACAAGGAAAGGGAUCCUCAAGUCGCAUGUCAACAAAUGAAGGGGGCCGCUCUACGAUUCUAGCUUCAGCGGCGGAAAAAGCGCUGGCCGCUGUUCGCAAAUCCAGCAAUGGACAAGCUACAGCUGAAAUGCCGGAACGAGUUCCAAGCCAAUUUGUGUCAGUCAGCAAAGAAAAUGUGCCAACUUAUGCAAAUAUUGCAGCCCGUCGCAUGCUAGAGGCAGAUCUUCCACCAAGACGCCCGGCAUCUAUGCCCGCCGCGCGUGGAAUGGAUCAGAUAUCUGGUUUGCAGAUGAAGCCAUCUGUGGAAUCUCUUGAUGGGAGAGGAAGCCAUGUUUUUGCAUCUCCUUUGGCCCACGAGCUAACCUCGCAUGAGCUCAUGGUCGAGCCAAUUGAUCGCUCAACAUAUAGUGAGCCUGGUCGUGACCUCUAUGGCCACCCACUGAAUGGCCCCGGUCUUCAUACAGCACCUAACUCUCAGGUUCAAUCUCGUCGUUCUUCACUUGCAGCGGCAUUCGAACCUCCAGCCCGAGAUCUAUCAGCCAGUGUACCCUCCCUUCUUCCAUAUCCGGUCUCUAUACAUGAGCUGUCUCACGACCUAUCUGCAAGCACACCAUCUCUCCUCCCAUACCCACCACCGCCUCUACCAUAUGAUCAGGACAUCAGCAUAACGAUGUCACAAAACCGGCAGAGGCCCGCUAUGCCGAGGCCCCCAGUUGCAUCCACACCUCCUAAUCCAAUGCCGAUUUCUCAUCCAUCUGCGGUAAUGCCUGGUUCAAUGCCUCUCACCCACGGAUUCUCGGAUAGCCAGGUUCCUCAAGCCUCAGAGCCCCUCGUUCCCGAGUCACUUUCUCGCGGCUCAUCUGGGUACUCACACCAGUCCUGGGCCACGGAGCCUGUUAGAUACCCUCCGCGGCUUUCACCUCUUCCAAGCUUCCAGCAACCCGCUGAAGUCCCGCAUAGUGCAUCACCUGCACUCGCACAGCCACGGGCUAUUUCAGGAAGAGCCAGUUGGACCAGUGAAAUUCCUCGCGCAGGAAGUGCACUCCAGUCCGAUUCUCUCUACCCUCCACCACGCCACCAACGACUGGGAUCGGUAGACGAGCGAUUGCGAGACAUGGAGCUAAAUUGGCAGCCCGAUGUGGAGCCCGCGCAUCUCUUGCAUCUUGGGAGCCAUCGUGUUGACGUGCGUGAUGCGCGACAACGAUUGCAUGAAGCUGGCCUUCUCCAGGUUCCACGACACAUCCCUACCUACCAACUCUACCAUCCUAAUUUGUCUGGUCCCCUGAUUCAAGAAGGUGCUCAUGUUUAUGCACCGGUGGCGGCGCCGGCGCUGGCAUCUCCGCCUCAAGCAUACGGAUUACGUCCGCGAAGUGGAAGCUCGCCGUCGCGUCCUUUGACCCAAGAUGGUUUGGGUGUACGGUUCUGA